AUGGAUCAAGUUUGGUUCACUUCCCGGUUGUCGGAGGCUAUCACAAAUGAUGAAAUUAAAUUCGACGAUACACGCAAUAUCGCCACAGACAUAGUGUCCGGCCACUUAGAAAUCCAAAAUCUAGUUGGUAACAUGGAAGGAGUCUUGACAAACACAGAUGUAGAAAACCGUGAAAAAGGAAUGAUAUUUUUUACAAAAGUCCUUAAAGAGUUACCGAAGACUCUCUUAUCAGAAAUGCAGUUACAAUUCAUAUCAAAAUUUUACAUAGAUCGGUUAAAAGACAAUCACCGUAUAAUACCUGCAGUCAUAGAAGGAUAUUUGGCUAUAGUCGCAAUGAAGAAUUACAAGAUUCAGUGGAGCAGUGAAUUUUUCACAGUACUGUUUAAGGAGGUGUCGUGCCAGUCUCAAGUAAGGCAGGAUAGGCACAAUAUUUAUAAUAUUUUAUACCAAGUAAUGAAGAAGGAUAUUGAAUAUGUGAAGUCACUGGGUCCAGAUUUCGUAUACGGUGUUAUCUCAUCUAUAGAGGGCGAAAGGGAUCCUCGAAAUCUAAUGUUCCUAUUUUCUAUAUUACCAACUUUUAUAAAGAAUGUACCAUUGGGACAUUUAGUUGAAGAAAUGUUCGAAGUUAUUGCCUGUUACUUUCCUGUUGACUUUCAUCCCACUUCAGAAGAUCCUACUGCGGUCACUAGAAAUGACUUGGCGAAUGCGUUGUAUCCUUGUCUAUGUGCCACAGGGGAGUUUGGAGAGCCAUGUAUGCUUUUGUUGAUCGAAAAGCUGGAAUCUAGUUUGCGUGUAGCUAAGCUUGAUGCGUAUAAGUUGUUGGCGGCAUCUUGCAAAAUAUUCAACGCCCAAGUAUACUUUCCAUUCCUUAAAAGGUUGUGGUCUACGAUUCACACAGAUGUAAUGCAGAAGACAGACGAUGAGAUGAGAAUGGGUGCUCUUGACGCACUCUCAAGCCUCAUUGUUGUUCAAGCGACUCAAGCAAACACUGGCCAAGAAUUUGAGAACUUCCUCAAAGGGAUAAUAAUAACAAUGCAAAGAGAGAUAGCUGAUGCUACAACAUUAGGCCAUUUUACACACGCAACCAAAGUGUUGAUCACAGCUUCAAACGCGACAAAAGAAUCUUGUAUCAUAAUCACAAAGAUUAUGGUGCCAGCAGGUAUUGCUUACACCGAAUAUAGAGUGACAGACAAACUCCAAAUGGCAAGCUUAGAAUUUCUGGCGGAUUUGUAUGGAAUAGUUAAAAACUGGGAUGUUCUAGAUAGCAUUGGUGAUCAUAUUUACGAAAUACCAGGACUAUGUCUGAAAGCCGUGAGUUUAACGCAGAAAGAUUUUCAAAUUGUGGGACUCAAAACAUUGUUAAAAGUGAAGGAUCUAUUGAAAUCUGAUUUGGUGUUGCCGUUUGUGGAAAUUCUUGUUAGUUUCAUUCAGCAUUCUCGGGAUGAUGACGUGCUUAAAUUGAGUAUAAAAACAAUUAAUGUAAUAGCUAGGAAGUAUCCUGAAAUGAUCAUGGAUUAUGUGGUCAGAGGCAAAUUUGAUGUAAACAAUUUGACAGAAGACAAAGCUACUUUGCAGAAACGUGCUCGACUGCUCUCAAAUUUAGCUAGCAUCGACGAUUUCACUAAAGUAAUACUUGAAGAGAUGUUAAUGAUUGUUUCGAACGAUGAAGACGCUUGUCAAGUCGUAGAGGCUCUGAGCGAAAGUAUUUUAGAUAAGCAAUUGUAUCCAGAAAAUAAAGUAGUUGAAAUCGAAAGUGAUCACGGGCUUAUAGACAAAGUAAUCAACUGGUUGUAUACAGAACAAGAUCUACACAAUCGUGUUUCAGAAGACGGUUUUAUAUUAGUUAAUAGAUUAGUAGCGAAUUUACCAGCAGAUAAACAAAAAGAUGUAGUUGAUAGACAUACUCAAAGGGCUAUAGCAAAAUGUGCUGAAUGUGCAAAUUAUUUUUAUCUAAUAGAGGCAUUGUAUGGUUCCUUAAGACAAGGCGUUAGUGGAAGUUAUACUAAAGGUAUAGUACGUCUUUCCACAACUCUAGCUCUUAAUGUUGAUGAUGAAAAAGUGAGAUACAGUGCAGCAAGCCUAUUGGCUCAGAUGUUGAAUAAAGCCGAUUUUGGAGAGCCGUUUGAAGUUGUUUAUGAGAUGUUGAAUAGUAAAUUGGAGAUGGAAGUGGGUGUGUCCGAUCGUCUGUUAAUGCUUUACGCGUGGGUGACAAAAGCUUUGGUCAUGAGAGGCAGUGUGAUGUACACGGAGUGGUUUCAGAAGAUAACACAGUUCAUGAACAAUCCGAACCACAGUAAAGACGUAGCUAAUGCUGUUAAACUGAUAAUGUCGGAUUCAACACACAUUCUGACGGCGAGUCAGCAUUGUAGGGUGAGCCCUGUGUACAAACAGAGGGUGUUUGUGGAGUUCUUUAAGUUUUCACAAAGUAUAGGAGAAUUGGAUGCGAGCGUGAAGGAGGAUUACUAUUUAGCUUGGGCUUACAUUUUGGAACAAACGCCUCGGAGCGCGUUUAUCGGUGAAUUGGACAAGAUCGCAAGGAUAAUAAUAGAUUCAGUAAUAUACAACAAUAAACACCUAUUGAUUAUAAUGAUUGGAUUGUUAAUACAUUUGGUUGACAUUAAAAAUGCAUCAGUUGUCGAUAGUAUGCAGAGUUUACUUCCGCGCCUCACAGCUUUAGCACAGUAUGAAGGGUCUAUGGAUGUACGAAUAAUGAGCCUACGGUUCCUGGCGCAUGUGGCGAAUACGUAUCCAACGUCCGUCAUCCUCCCGUACAAACAGGACAUGCUGAUCGGCCUUGCGCCGGCGCUGGACGACAAGAAACGUCUGGUACGCGACGUCGCGGUAAAGGCGCGCACCAGGUGGUUCAUGGUCGGAGCACCCGGCGAGGCUAAGGAGAAUUAAUGUGUACUGGACAUUGAUUUUGAAAGGUGAUUGAAACAGCUCAGAGUCGAGAGGCAAGGUUAAGAACAGUGUAGAUUUAAAGCUAUGUGUACAUUCAUCGAUGUAAUAGUGAUUAAAAAAUUAAAUUGGCGUCGAUAAGUUUUGGUCCUUCGAUCCAGAUAUGGAAUGGUGUUUUGUGAUUUUUUUGGGUGAUAGUGACAAAUUACCUUAUAUUUGGUAGUAUCAGUGGACGCGACAUUCUAAUAUAUUAGCAUAAAGUUGUAUGUAUGUAUCAACAACAAAUUAUACAGCUUAUGGUAUGAUUUCAGCUGAAAUGCCUAUACUAAUAUAAUGGACUGAAUGAAAAGUAGGAACAAGUUAUCGAUAUACCGAUAGCAAAAGUGCGCAGUUCAGUGAGCAUUUUACUAAAAAAAAAAGUGCAAAAAAUGGAUAUCCUCAUAACACGACGCGAUUCCAUUAUUAAUGUGACGAUUUUUUUUUGUUGACUAUUUCAUAAUGCGAUCUGACUAGAUAGAAGUUUCUUUUAUGUGGAUUUUGAAAAGAAUUUACUACAAAAAUGAAACUGACUGAUGAAAAGCCUUAUCUGGAGGUAUAGAAAUAUUUACAGUAGUUUAUCUCACGAUAUGAAACUGUUUUAUCUCAGUAGUUGCAAUACAUUUUAUAAUAACUGAACGCCAAACGCUCAAUAAAUACAUUAAAUCAGUUCAAACUUAAAUGUAGGCAAAUAAAUGCGCUUUUAGGGAUAAAACACAGUGUAUUGACCUUAUCUCCGUCCUAUAAUGUGACCUAUCAAAAUAUCAGGCACAAAGAAGCAUGCGAAAUCAGAUUAUUUUGAAUAUAAUUGGAGUGUACCAUAAAUUUGUGGAAAAGUAAAAACAUGAUUGCAAGAUUGGUCUACUGACAAGGAGAAUAAAAGUAUUGCUUUUAUUAAAAAUAAUAUGAACAGUUUUGAGCAUGAUAAGUUUUUUUUUUAUUUCUUGAUGGUUUCAUGAGCUACCCUUUAUCCCUCGUCGCACUUGAAGGUAAACAGUAUUUAGAAGAAUUGCGAUCAGCAAUACCACUUUAAUUUGGUAUCUUCAUAUUCACUGAGCGAUUAUAUUAGAUGCAAUAAAUGUUAGUCGGAUAUGUAUGUUUUUAUUCCAUGUAAAAUAGCCGUACAAUGUUUUUUCGAGCUUAAAACCUAAUUGUCUAUGGUAAUAACGCAGGGAUGAUUGUCUAUGUUUAUAGGGAAUAUAUGUGUGCUAAAAUAUAUUUUAAAGUACUUACAACAUAUUGAGUAAAGAGCAAUUUUUAUUUGACUUUUUAUAUUUGGUGAGAAUGGUUCUCUGAUUUUGUAAAUAUUAUUUUGUAUAAUUCAUGACAGCGUUUUAUCGUUUUAUUUUAUUAUAUUUAUUCCUUACCCAUUCUCCAUAGAGCUUCAAGCACAAAGUAUUAAAAUCCGUACAUUGAAGGCAGCAAUAAAAUAUUGUUUAUCAGAAAAUACAACAAUUUAGCACCAGUUAUAGAAGCAUUUUUCCAUAGCAUUAUUUUUCUUUAAAAAUCGUUAACUUUUCUAUCUCCAGACACAAGGUAAGCUUGUCUCACUAAUAUCUCAAACGUUUGUUACCUUAGUAACUGAUGAUUCCGCAUCCUAACUGAAUCUACAGGCGAUUCUGUUCCAAUUUUAAUUUUUGGUCUCAUUCCGAGAAUAAACCAAUGAAAAUAAGUUAUUUGUAAACGUCAAAAAUACUUUGCUCUGAUUGGUCCAUUCUUGCGACGGAUCGGAAAAGCGAUUGGGAGUGUUUAUUAUAAACGAUAGUUAAUUGUAUUUGUCACCGUCGCGUAUUAAGGGCAAGUUCAAUGAAUGUUAAGGAAAUUGUAUAUUAUCUGGCCCCUAAUUCUUUUCUAAUUUGGUUUUUAUUACUGUGGCAU